UGUUUACGCGAAAUGAAUAUGUUACGAAAGAAAAAUGAAUAUUGUAUGACGUCACGAACUAUUACGAAAAAAUAUACAUUUGGGCGCCCUGUAGGAUAGAACGCAGUGAUAGGUAGGAACUUUUCUGUGUAGACAGUUUGCGCGCCUAGAAUGAAAGCUCACUAGGUAGUGUGGAGAAUAGAAAACCAUUCAAAACGGAAUAGGCAAGUGAUCGACAGGCAUGAAUGAACAUGUAACAGUCCACUAGGAAGCUUCGCGGUGUAAAGUCGUCGCGGAGACAAAAGAUGUAAAAUUUUCAAAUAAAGUGUUUCGUUUAAUUUAACUACGCGUUAAUCAUUCAGCGCAUCUGAAAUUCCUUCCGGUGAAGACCAACUCCUUAGCUAUCGUUGGAACAUUUUGGUCCAUUCGAGCCGGAUGUUGUGAUCGGUUUUCCCGGAUGUUUCGGAAGUUGUUGUUACGCGUGUGGGAGAAGAGCACCUAGUGCAGAAGUGCGGUCCGUGACCGGAAGAUGAAAAUGAUUACUCAUGUCCGUGACAUAGUGUAAAUUGACUGCAUCGUGCGCAGUAGUGCGGCCCGUGGCCAAAUCGUGGUGAAAGCUGUAGGUUGUGCGCGUGACACAACCGUGUUUUAAACAUUUGAACGCACCGUGUGCGUGGUUCGGCUUAGGCCAAAGAAGAAGCAUUAGCAUUACCCUUGAACGUGUCCUUGGCACGUGUGAACAGUGGUCUAGAAAGCGAAGACAGUGUGCCUGUGAUGCUUGUACUAGAGUGAACAAACAUGAGCGAUAGUGAAACACCGCGGGGAGUGUUGAAAACGAUUUCGAAACGAAAUAUUUUGGAAGCGUUAACGGGAUCGCGAAGUGAGGAAGCGCCGCCAGUUCCAUCGGUGGCGGAACAAAAGAUUGCAAAACAAGUUCUUGAGAAGAAGAAAGCGAUGGAAUCGAAACUGGAAGUGUUGACGGAUCGGCGUGAUCUCAUCACGGAGAAAUUGAUACGAAUGAAGGAGUCAUUGCGAGAAGGUGUCAGCAUACAUUUGCUCAGCCUUCACCUUGAAACACUGCGGCGGUGCGCGGAUGAGUUCGAUAAGGUUCAUGUCGAAAUGUCCGCACUGCUGCCGAAGGAACAACGAACCGUAAUACGUCAGGAGUAUGCGGUAUUCGAGGACAUCCACAACGAACUUUACGUUGAUUUGCAAACACGAAUCGCCCAAGCGCAGGAGGCAGGUCGCGUAAAUCCAGGUACGUCACACAGUUUAAGCAUUCCAGGUGUCCAGCAACCGAUUAUCGUGCAGGCAGCUGCCCCGCAAUUGCACGCUCCGUUUCCAACAUUUGAUGGGACACCGGAGAACUGGUAUAGCUUCAAGAGCCUCUUCAACAGCAUCAUGGCGAAAUAUCAGAACGAGACACCGGCGAUGAAGAUAUUGCACUUGCGUAAUUCUCUCGAAGGUGAUGCGAAGAGCAAAAUUGACCAAGACGUCGUGAACAACAACGACUACGAGAAGGCCUGGAAGAUUCUUGAGGAUGCCUAUGAGGAUAAGCGGCUUAUAUUGGAUGCGCACAUCGACGCUAUUUUGAAUUGCGCAAACGUUAGCAAGGACAACCAAGCGAAAUCGAUUUCGGAACUAGUGGAAACCUGCUCGAAGCAUGUUGAUGCCUUGGAGGGUCACAGCUUUCCUGUCGAAGGUCUGGGAGAGUUGAUUUUGCUUAACGUUAUCUACAAAAAGUUGGACAAAGUGACACAGGAGCAGUGGGAGAUGAAGGUGCCCAAAGGAGAGGUACCAGAAUACGAAACGUUCAUAGAGUUUCUUCGUGAACGAGGACGCGUUCUGCAGCGAACGAAUCGCUCAGAGCAGCAGCAGAAAGGACAACCAACGCUUCAAACGAGACAACGUGAUGCAGUAGUUGGUCACAAGGUGCCAGCACAUCCACGGAAGUCUUUUAUCCAAACAUCUACAGAAACGUGUCCGUGUUGUCAGGCCGAGCACUCGAUCUACAAGUGUUCGAAGUUCCAGAACAUGAAUUUCGUUGAACGGAAGUCCGUAGCCGCAAGGGUAGGCUUGUGCUACAACUGUUUGAAAAGAAAUCAUCGGGCCAUUGAUUGCGAGUCCGAUCAGGGGUGCAAGGUCCAAGGUUGUGGUCGGAAGCAUCAUAGUCUUUUGCACCCCAGCGAACAAACCAGGUCUUCGUUUCCAGUCACGCUGGAAGAUGCCAACGAAUCAAAUAGGCAGGAAGCAGAUGGUGCACGUGCAACUACAAUGUGCGCACAGAACGUGCGCUUGGAAACGGAAAAACGGCAGGUGCUACUGUCAACUGCAGAGGUCUUGGUAGUGGGACAUGGAGGAUCCACCGUCAAAUGUCGAGCAUUGCUGGAUUCGGGAUCUGACAGUCAUAUUCUCACAGAGAAAUUGGCCAAUAGAUUGAAGCUGAAGAUGAGCCGAAUCGACCUCCCAAUCAGCGGCCUCAACGACAUCCAAACGAAUGUAAGACAUCUUGUGUCGACAAAAAUUCGCUCUCGGAUCAACUCGUAUACAACGAGAGAAUUGGAUUUCUUAGUCGUACCCAGAAUUUCAGCGAAUAUUCCACUGGUUGAGAUUGAUUCUAGAUCCUGGAAGAUACCAACCGGCAUACAGCUAGCGGAUCCAUCGUUCCAUGUUGCAGCAGAAGUGGAUUUGAUCAUCGGCAACGAAAUAUUCUUCGACUUGGUUAGGAGUGGGCGUUUGAAGCUACAAAAUAGUUCGAUUACGUUGGCUGAAACCGAGCUUGGCUGGGUCGCUGGAGGGUCAGUGCAAAUGAAGAGGAGUGCACAGCGUACACGUGUUUGCCAGUUCAGUCGCCAAGAACAAAAGCAUCGACCACUGUCGGCAGCAGAAGCAGCCGCCGAGCAGUUUCACAGGGAGACUCACGCGAGGGAUGAACCAGACCGCUUCGAAGUACGAUUCCCAUUCAACGGCAAGAAGUUUCAACUUGGUGAUCCUUACGUUAUGUCGAUGAAGCACGACAAGUGGCUGGUUUCCUUAUCGAAGAAUCCGGAGGAGCGCAAACAGAAUUACACUGAUAUGAUGGAAGUGAAUCUGAAUAAAAAGAAGAAUAUGAUUAGUGCAACCGCAAAGGACAAAACAAAAACAUACUACAGAUCAAGGGAGUGGUUACAAGGAUCCGAACAUGUGUUGAGCCAGAGGUCUCAACGGGGGGUGAAUGUUUACGCGAAAUGAAUAUGUUACGAAAGAAAAAUGAAUAUUGUAUGACGUCACGAACUAUUACGAAAAAAUAUACAUUUGGGCGCCCUGUAGGAUAGAACGCAGUGAUAGGUAGGAACUUUUCUGUGUAGACAGUUUGCGCGCCUAGAAUGAAAGCUCACUAGGUAGUGUGGAGAAUAGAAAACCAUUCAAAACGGAAUAGGCAAGUGAUCGACAGGCAUGAAUGAACAUGUAACAGUCCACUAGGAAGCUUCGCGGUGUAAAGUCGUCGCGGAGACAAAAGAUGUAAAAUUUUCAAAUAAAGUGUUUCGUUUAAUUUAACUACGCGUUAAUCAUUCAGCGCAUCUGAAAUUCCUUCCGGUGAAGACCAACUCCUUAGCUAUCGUUGGAAC